AUGUCCGAAGAAGAAGACCACACAUCAAAUCUGAACAGCGAAGAUGACAACAUUGUGGAGAAUAGUGACAUCAGCGAGCAAGAGGUCGUCCAGAACGAUCUCGACAAGAGUUAUAUUGGCAAAAAUUAUGACAUCGAAAAACCAAUCGAAGAUCCAGACAGUGAAAUAUUUCUGAACCAACUCAACUACACCGAGAGUAAACUAGUUGAAAGCAAUCUUCUAACAACCGAAGUCCAAACAAAACUAGCCCCUUCCCCAGUAUCUGAAUUUGAUGACGAUUUCGAGGGUGGUAGUUUUUUAGAAGUCGAAGAACAAACAUCAAUAAGCCCAACAAUCACAGUUAAAUUACAGGUGGAAGGUCAUGAGACGUUGACCACCGCUUUCAAGAUACAUUUUACUGUACAACAGGUCAAGGAGAGGCUAUCUAACAUCUUCAACAUAAAAUCGGAGGAGAUAAGGUUGUAUUAUGAGGAGAGAGAAUGUGACGACCUGUUGCCUUUAUCAGGUCUGGGUGUUGAACCUAUGGGCACAAUCGAACUAAUUAUGAGAACCACAGAUCCCGGGAAAAAGAUUACACGCAGCCAAUACUUACACUAUAUACCUGUGGUUGACAUCAUUACUGUGAGGAUUGACGAGGGGGAAGGGAGGUCACGUGAUGUGAUUGUCGAAAUCGAGAACCAACAGCUGGAGAAAGAAUGGUUGGGAGGUUAUAGACAUCGUUUAACAAGGAUCGAAUACCAUCAUGCAGCCGUACAAACAAAGGCGAGACAACGAGGUUCCGGACUACCUCCAGGACAAAAACCGUGUGAGAUAAUCACGAGGCAGACUCAAACCCCAGGGUUUCCCCAGAAAGACAAGGGGACAAGUCCGAUGAUACACAAGUGUACACAGGCUGUACCCACUGACACAAUCAUACCUAGUUUGACAGAUAAGAUAAUGACAGGAGUUGCAGGUCGGUUUCAAGUUGAUUACAAGGUGUUAACGUUUGCUGAGGCUGUCGGUUUUGUUGUUUUAGUGCAGAGGUAUCUGAGGAGUUACAUGAAGAGGAAGGAGGAACGUGAGGAGGUGGAACUAGUUGAGAAAUGUUUAGAAAACGAACGUUUCCUCAACAGUCAAUACCUGACGACCACAAAAGACGACCGAACCAAAAAACUGAUGACUGGCAACAUCUUCCCCACAUCCCAAUUCGAUUUCUACGUGCUGUACUUACUAGUAGGUAAAUGGUGGAAAAAGGAGUAUGACAAGAUAAAAACCAUGAAAUCCGAGGAGACAAGGAAAGCUGCGUUUGUGGCAUUGUUAGACAAGGAGGUGACACUUCUGUGGGCGAUAGAACGACAACGAAUCACUGCCAAAAAGGAGUCCAUGAAGAAGAAGGAGAUCAACUUCUUGGAGGAGACUGCUAGACCUGUGGUGUUCAGAAACUACAACGGAUUCAUGUCAGCUAUUGAUACACUGGAAACACAGAAAGCUAGAGAGUACCAGGAUAUGUAUCUAGCGUUGAUAGAGAGGGAGGUGACAUUGGAACAACGACUGGAUACCCUACACAAAUUACGUAGUUUACUAAACACAAUCGACGAUUACAACAAGGUGAGGCCUCUAUUAAACCUCAUCAAUCGUGAAUGCGAGUUACUAGCGAUCGGAGUGGAGUCUUCCGACCUGGAGGGUCUGAGAAACCGGAUCGAACAACAACUCCUCCAUCACUUCCACGACAACCGAAUCAAUCCCAAGGUGGAACACUACAAGAGAGCGAAGCGACCCCGGCUGGCAGGAAUGGAACAUUUGUGCAAAAUGUGCAAAAAAGUGAAGCCCGCUUGCGAGUUCAACGUGCACGUUAAGAUGACCAAAUUCGAUGUGUGCAAAUCGUGCGAGUGGACGCGCAAUAUCGGACAUCAGCGCAUCGAUCUCAGUCCUUACAUGAAAAUGCUAAGGCUGGUUAGAUUCGAUGAGAUGAAGCUCUGCACCAAGUCUGCUGUUUCGUUUAUACUUCAGGUAGUUGGAAUGUAUUUCCUGACGAAUUUCAUCUGGGAGGGGCGUUCAGUGAUCAGCGAAAUCACCGAUCUAAGCCGACUGCGCAUGAAACGUUGGCGCAUGGAUGUGGACUGGUCGCCUUGGAACUGCAUUCUCAUCACCAACGAGGAAAGCAUCAUCCACGAAAAGCUGAAAAAAGUCGAAGACUUCUACGAUAAGGCGUUCAUCAAAAAAGUGCAGCUGAAGCACAGGCGAGCGCGCACCCAUUUCCUGCCUUUACUUAUGAGUGACAACUAUAUACGGGAAACUGGUCUCUGGUACAAAGCUGAGAACUACGGUAAAUUUUUGCAGGGAAGCAAUUAUGAACAGUUUUUGAAAUCGGACGAUCCUAAUAAUUUGAAGUGAUUUGCCUACUUUUAAAGAUUUCAAGUAGUAACUGCUAAACUACGAAUAUUUUCAUCACUAUAGUGAGGUC